UUUCCAUUCCCCUCUUCCCUUCACCUCCAAAUCAAACACAAUGUCUCUAAAACUCAAAUCUCUUCUUCUUCUCCUUCUAUUCUUGAUCUUCGUCCUUCCUUUCUCAUCAGGAAUGGAUAAACCACUUCGAGAUACCAAGAUUGCAGAUAAGUCAAUCUUCAAGGUUGGUGGCAUUAUACAAAUGAAUGCAAGGAAACUUAUGACACUUGACAUACAAGACUACGAUGAAACCAAAGCAAAUAAUAGGCACGAUCCGAAGAAGCCUGGGAAUGGAAAGCCUUGAUACUGCUCUCUUUGCCCUAUAAUAGCCAAAAAGAGGAAAGAAAAAUGCUUUGGGGUCAUCUUUUGGAGAUUGUAUAUUGGCCUUCUACAAUGAGAGAGCUUCUUCAGUAAUAUAAAGCCUUACUAUUUGCAUUAAA